CAGCGACCUGAGCUGUCACGGCCUCUACACGCAAGGCUAACCGGCUACAAACGCUCCAUUUUUUUUAGUCCGUGCUCGAAGUGGGACGAUUGGACAGGACGGUUUGUUACCGCUGGAGAAUUCCCGUUAGAACAAAUCAUAACAGGAUAACUUCGCUAUGAGCGCCUUACCGGUGACUGUUUAGUAGUUAUUGUUUACAUCGGUGCCUAGACUCAUUUCUGCCAUAGGUCAUAGAGCGGAUGCUGUCAACGUACAUGCGCACACGGCAUCCAUCUACGACCUUUCUCUUACUACUUCAAAUGAAAUGAAAACAUGGCCGAGGUGGUCGGCAGGUGCGGUCGAAGAAAACAGAGGAAUCCACGGAAGAAAAACGAUUUAACAGACGAGCACAAAGUCAGCGAGUCGGCCGCACUUGCGACAGCCCGAGUUCUUACCUCCGAUGACGAGGACACCACCACACAGAUCAGAAAAAAAAACACUCUCUCCGACCCAGAAACGAAAAAGAGCCUUCUAGGCGAAAUCGACAAUUUCGGGUGUGAUGUCACGCUCGGUCACCAUAGCAACGAGACGAGAGAUAGUUCGUGCGGGACUUGUCCAAAUGGAACCAGGACAGAUGGGCUGAGUAGGGAGAGUGGAGAGGAUCAAAGUCUGACAGAGAAACUGGUCGUCACGUCUGACCAAGGCGAGCCCUUGGUUGAAAGCCUACAAGAAUGUAUCCAGAAUGGCGAUGAUCACUCAAGGGAGGUCAUUCCCGAAAUUUUAAAUAAAGAAAAAGCAGCAGAAGUCACUGGUCAAGAAUCAGAUCAGGAUGAAGAAAAUUUGUUACACAGUGAAGAACAUAUUUUGGAAGAAGAGUAUGUCCUCAAGUGUAUUUACUGCGAGACCACAAGCACUCGCUCCACGUUGUUGCGAGAUCACAUGCGCAACCAACACCCAGACAAGCCCGUGCGCUACCAAUGUCCAAAGUGUGAGCAGACCUUUCUACUCAAGUCUCACUUGGACAAGCACCUGGCUACUCACUCACCCACCUCACAGUCAUGUAAAAUUUGCCAGAAAACAUUUGCUAAUGUGUACAGACUGCAGCGUCACAUGAUCAGCCACUCCGAGUCCACAGAUCUCCGCAAGUUUAAAUGUCCUGAGUGUGGCAAGGCAUUCAAGUUUAAACAUCACCUUAAAGAACACAUCAGGAUCCACUCAGGGGAGAAACCCUUCCAGUGCCCGACCUGUUCUAAAAGGUUCUCACACUCUGGAUCCUACAGCAGUCACAUGACCUCAAAAAAAUGCUGGGUCAUUGGUCAGAGCAAGGGUCGGCGUCAGGACAGACAGAUGGAACAGUCUAGACCUGAGAACACCAGAUUUAUGUUCCCUACAGUGGCCCAGGUGUACUCUCCGUCAUCAGGGUCCUACUCUCAGCAGCUGAUGAAGUUUGACCCAGCAUCACUACGGCAUCAGUACUACCCCUCACCCCCGCCCGCCAUCAUGAACCCCAAUGCCUUCAACUUCAGCCUUUACCAACAGAAACUGUCCUCAUCUCAGUCUAGCGCUGCCACUGGCAUGACCAUGGCGCCCCCCUCCGCGGCUCCCGUACCCGCUCACCAGCACUCCAACAUUCCAUUCCACCUGCUGCCUCCAGCCCAUCUCCUGGAGCAGUUGAAGAAGACAAGUAGCAUGAACAAUGUGUCUCUGCCCACACCCUCCCCAUCACCAAUAGGCCAGGGGGAAUCAGCCAGUCCCCCUGUGGAUAAGAAAAACCUGAGCUUGGAGAAAGACGGGAAGUUUACAGCUGAGCUGAUGAAGAGGAUGUCAGUACCUGAGGACCUGAAGCCUAACAUUGACAAAGUCAAGGAAGAAGUUGUCUCGGAUGAGGAGAAGCCGGAUGAGAAGGAGUCUUUAAAAAACGAAGAUGAUAUCUCAGACAUGAUUGUGGGUGAGGUGAAGCUAGAGAUGAACGAGGCGUCAGACGGGGAGGUACAGACCUGCAGGUACUGUAAGAAACAGUUCAGCAGCCCUGUGGACCUCCACCAACAUGAGCGCUACAUGUGCUCAGACAACCAUGACAUCCAGAAAGUUAUGGCAGGGGACGACAGCUCCUCCGUCUACAGCAGCAAGGUGUCUGAUGAGGAGGACAUGGAUGAUGAUGAGGACGAGGAGGACGACGAGGAGGAGGAAGAGAUGAAGGCUGAGAGGCUGACUGAGAACCAAGCCCAGCAUCUGAGAGGCUGCUUCAGGGACAACAAAAACCCUGAGAGUCAGGCCAUUGAAGAAAUCGCCAAAAUUAUUGGCGCUGACAAAAGAAUGGUUCAGGUGUGGUUUGAGAACGCCAGAGAAAGAGAAACUAAAAAAGUGAAGAAAUCUUCACCCGUCAGAAGUGUGAACAAAAAGAUCAGGAGCUCGCCUUCAACUUACAUUCCCAUUGUCCCUAACCCUUAUGCACUCCUCAGCCACCGCAAGCAGGCCCCGCAUCCAAACGUUGGACCUCUGACCCCACCCUCAGAGGACCAGCCCCUGGAUUUAAGUGUUAGGAGACAAGAACCCCCCAAGGCACACGAGCACCACAAAAUGUUAAGCAAUAGCCAGCUGAGCGAGGAGACCCUAGAGGAGCAUGUCCUGAACCUGAGCACCAAGGUCCCCAAACAGGAAGCGGCGUCCCCCAGCAAAGCUGCCAGUUUGUCUGUCCCCAGCCACUUCCUGCAUGUCCCCCCCACCAAGUCUGUUGUCCUGAUGAACGAGUCCAACUACAGGUUCCAGCACUCAGACAUCUACAAGUACAUGACCAACAAAGGCCUGUUUUCUCCUUUACUGGACCUCACAGCUCACCGCAAGUUUUCCUCAGGGAUGCUCAACUCUUCUGUUCUGUCUCAGAUCACGGGAGUUAUUCCCCCUAACAACCACCAUCCACACAGAGAUUCUCCUGUUAAUUCAGAGAACAAGGGCAUCUCAGUGAAAAAUGAAUCCAGCCCUUCUUCACCAUCAGCUAACCAGUUGGUCAUUGAUGAAUGUUUGGACAAGGACGAGAAGCCUGUGGGAGAACUGAAGAGGUUUCUAGAAACUCAGGGCAAUCUGCAAACUCUGGCCAAUGUGGCGCUACACGAGGAGGCCAUGGCCGCUGCUGAUGGCAAGCGCAGGAGAAAGAAGAGUUGCAAGCAGGUGGAAUCUGAAGAGAUAAAAUUAGAUGACCUUGAAGACUCUAUUAGCAACCCAGAAGAUGGAUCUGCCUCUCCACGCAAGCGUCGCCGCUCGUGGAAAGGUCAUCGCAUGAGUGAAGAGCUGGGACUGUACGCUUGCGACCAGUGUGACAAGCAGUUCAGUAAACAAAGUUCCCUUGCACGCCACAAAUAUGAGCAUUCAGGAGCUAGACCUUUCAACUGUGAAGUUUGCUCCAAGGCCUUCAAGCACAAGCACCAUCUGACAGAACACCGCAGGCUACACAGUGGAGAGAAGCCCUUCAAGUGUCGCAAGUGUGGGAAACGCUUCUCCCACUCUGGUUCCUACAGCCAGCACAUGAACCACAGAUACAAAUUUUGCAAGCCAUCAGAUGGUGAAGAUGAUGAUAUUAUCCCCAACAAAGAACUUUGAGGAUCAUCUUAUCAACACAGAGAACUUUGAGGGUGAACUUAUCCCACAUAAAGAACUUUAAGGAUGAGCUUAUCCCACACAAAGAACUUUGAGGAUUGUCUUAUCAACACAGAGAACUUUGAGGGUGAACUUAUCCCACAUAAAGAACUUUAAGGAUGAGCUUAUCCCAAACAAAGAACUUUGCCAGAUAAAGCCCAAGAAGAAAGCAAUGAAAUCCAUCUGUUAGCCACAGCACAUAUCUAAGUAUGUUACUCGACUCUAUGCCAUACAAUGUUCACCUUCAGAAAGCAAUGCUCUUGUACUAUUACUUCUGCUUGAUGCUAGUGUUUGUAGCUACAAACACCUCAGUGGGCUUCUGGUUUCAACCCACCAAGCCCAUCUAAUUUUACUUAAGGUCUAUAAUAAUGCAAUUUGGCAACUGUUGUAUAGCCAAUCAUUGUAUAUACAUGUAUAUAUAUGAAAUUGUUGCACAUUUUUACUCUAUUCCAAUAUUGUUUCUUUUACACAGUAUAACUUGUAUUCCUUUGCUUUCAUAUGUUUAUUGUUACCUCAUUGUUUCACAAAGAACCAGUCUUUGCCAGGUUUUUCUAACUCUCCAUUCACAAUAAUUGUACAAGAAAUGUUUGUUUCAUGUUUUGGUUAGAUGGGACCCCAUGACUCCAGGAUUCCAAAAGAUGUUGGAACAAUUUCUUCAUGUAUUCCAUUGGUUUUUUUUCAACUCCAACAAUGUUCUUUUUUUUAAUACAUUUUUUUUUCUUUUAUUGAAAUGAAUAUCACAAAAUGUUAUCCAUAUUCUAUGUCAGUAAUUGGGGAAGUUCAAAAGAAAGCCCCAUUUUAAAGACAAAAAAAAACUGAUGAGGGGAGAUAAUAAAUUAGGAUUUUAAAAACGAAUAAUUUUCAUAAAACCAUACCACUCCAGCGAAAUUAUUUUUAAACAUUUUUGUCCAGUAAAUUUAACACAAACCAUAAUGAAAACUUUUAUUAAUUCUUUAACAUAAUAUAAAAUUGAAUAUUAUUAAAUGCCAUUAAUACUCAUUUAUCAUGUCAACAUUUUACAAGUAAGAUUUUUUGUUUUCUUUUAAAUGUUGCUGACUUUAUGGAUAACAAAUCCAUGUUUGCCGUCAGUAAUUUGAUUGGUGGGAUGUCUGUGGUGACACUCAUCCAUGACAGCAGUCAGCACCCUGUCGCCCACAUUGCAUAUGGUAGCCUAGUUUGCUUACAGUGUUUUUAUGCCUUCUUGACAUUCUUCUCUUGUACAUUGUAUACCUACGAUUAUAGGUUUACAAUUGUAUACCUACAAUUCCAACUAAAUCCCAGAGCUUCCAUUCCAAGUAGAUUGUAGCCUGUUUUUUUUUCUCUCUCUGUCUGACCAAGAGUUGCUGAAGUGUGUGUGUGUGUGGCAAGUGGGUGCUAAAGUGUAUGUGUGUAUGUCUAACCAGCAGUAUCUGAGAUUUGUACGGGUGAGAAGAUGUAUGUGUGAUGGCUAAUACAUGAUGUGUGUGACUGGUAUAUUUUUAACUACUUACGUAUGUUUGGUGUAUCGCUUCAUUUGUACAUGUAUGACAUAAAAUUGAAUUUAUAUACAGAUUUUUAUCACGUAUUGUAAAAUGUGUACAUCUAUCUUGUGGAUUACCUAGAGCACUUUGUUCAACAUUUGUAUGUUUAUUCACAUUUUUUUAUAGCACUUGAACUAGAAAUGACAUGGUUAGGAUUUGUUUGUAACUUCAAACAUUUGAAAACUUCUAACUUUUGAAAACUUCAGGAGAAACAGUUUUAAAAGAUUUUACAGUUUCAUUUUCAUCAUCACUCAGUCAAAUUGAAGAAACUACAAGAGUUAGUUGACUGUGGGAGGAGGGAGGGAGGGAGGGGGUGAUGAGAGGCUGGACAAACAGCUGGUCAUACCAAAGAUUGUAAAUACCCCAGUCACAAUUUAUUUUUAAAAGAUGUCUUUUAUUUUUUUACCCGUCAUUUUUAGAAGAUCCAGCGUGAACAACAACAAGAUUAUGCUUUAGUUAUGGUGAUGUAGUGCUUUGUAUAUUUUUAAACAGAGUUCUUGCUUGAUUUCAUUGAGCUGAUUUGAUUUAGUUUUAAAAGUUUGUGUGCACAGCUUCUUGCGCCAUGUCA